GUCGUCUUGUAAACAACGCGAGCUCGAACGAACGAACGAUCGCAAAUGUACGAGAAAACUCAAUAAAACGAGCGAUGCGCAUUGCCUUGCACUACUGGCGACGACCGACGACGACCACCACCACAUCACGUCCGCGGGCGACAACUGCGACGACGACGAUUUGUUGUUGACCACGUCCGCGACGGUGGCGGUCAAUGUCAGUGUGACCGGCGGCGGCGGUGGUGGUGUUGACGACGACGUCGACAUGGAGCUGACCAAAAUGUGCCGGCUGUGUCUGGCCGCGGUCGACUGGCCCGUCAACGUUUUCGACGAACUGUCCGACAAGAUAGCCCAAUGUCUGCAGAUCCACAUUUCCCGGACCGACCAGCUGCCCAAACACGUGUGCGUCAAGUGCAAAGACACCGUCAACGAGUUUUACGCGUAUUACACCAACGCGGUCGAGUGCCAGAAACAGCUCGAUCAGCUGGCGGACGUCCAGCACAACAUGGCUUCCAGUAGUUUUGAACCAGUGGUUACCAUUAAUUAUGACCAAAACACAGAAUACAAAUCUGAAUACAAUGAACCAGAGAGUUGGUCUGAAAGUAAUCAAUCGGAAAUUGAAACGAAAGACAAUGUGAAAAUAGAUCCCAUUGAUGAAAUUGAUGACCAAAUAUCAGAUAGAGCUAAGACCCCUCGAAAGGUUAAAAUAAAAUUUUUCAAAUGCAGAAAAUGUGAAGAAUCUUUUAAUACUAAACAUGCAUUAAAAGAUCAUCAAAAUGAUGCACAUCCACACUCUGCUUAUAAAUGCAAUUGUUGUGAUAAAACAUUUGAAACAAUGUGUGCGCGGCAAAAACACAAAAAAGAAGAACAUCCUAGUGUCACUUAUUCAUGCGACACAUGUGAUUAUCGUACACCCUAUAAAAGUCGAAUGCAAUAUCAUGAAAAUAGACAUAAAAAAGUGUACAGUGUAUUCUGUGAUACGUGCCAAGCAGGCUUUUUUAACAAAGACGAGUUGGCUACACAUGAAAUUAAAAACCAUGGUGCCGAGCCAUACCAAUGUGAUCGUUGUAGCAAAUUAUGCACGUCCAAGACCAAUUUAUACAGCCAUAUGAAAGUACAUACAACGUCAGCAGAAUCGGUUAGCUACCAAUGUGAAACCUGUGGAAAAGCAUUCAGGCGUAUAGGCAGUUACAGACGACACAUUCAAUCUCAUUUAGGUCUGAAAUAUGAAUGCUCUUAUUGUAACAAACUGCUGAGUUCAGCACACCAUCUAAAACUUCAUGUGCGCAUUCACACUGGCGAGAAAAAUCACGUGUGCGAAAUGUGUGGCAAAGCAUUCACAGUUAGUAAGUACCUAGUCGAACAUAAAAGAAUACAUACAGGUGAGCGACCAUUCAAAUGUGACUUGUGCUCAAAAGGCUUUACUCAAAAGACAUCUUUACGCAUACAUACCAGAUGGCAUACAGGAGAUCGACCAUAUAAAUGUGACAUAUGUGAUGAUAGAUUUGUAAUCAACACGUUUUUGCAAAGGCACAUUAAAAAACAUCAUCCUGAUCUUGUAGAACCUGUUCAAGACCCUUGCGCUAACUCCCUUCAAACUUUAUGAAAUGUUAUCUAAAUAAAGUUAUUAUUUCACUUUUUUUUAUAUGAAAUUAAUUUCUCUAUUGUUAAUACAUUUAUAAUUUAUUUAAUACACUAUUAUAGUUUUACCUUAAAACAAAAAUACAAUUGUCAAACUAAAAUUUUAGUCUUAUAAACCUCAUUAUAUUUCAAAAAUCUGUAGUAAACUUUUUUUUUUUGUWAGAGUGUAUUAGUCAACUCACAAUGUAAUGAAGCUCAAUAUGAUGAAAAUCUCGAUAUAACAAAUAAAAUUGUCGUUCUCUUGAAAAUUUUAUAAUAUAGAGAAAAAUUAAAUGUAUUUUUGUCCAUUCGAUAAAAAUAAGUUUUUUUUGGUGAAAGCUCUUGAAACUAUGUACAUCAGUGGUUCUUAACCUUUUUUAGUUCAGUGCCCCCUUUAUUGUAAUAACUGCUAACGCUCCCCCUCCCAUACCAAAUCAAAAACGCACUGCAAGAUACAGUAUACAAUAGUCCAGUUAUGGUUGAAAAUGUAAAGAUAUAUCUCUCAUACACAAGACGUUUGCGAUACGUAAAAUGUGAAUAGGUAUCAUUCCGUAUGUUGUAUAGCGUAUGCAAAACGCAAUUACAACUAUUCUGAUUUCAUGUUCAAUUAUUUGUAGUGUUGUAUAAUAUUAAUAAAUUGUAUUAUUUUUAAUCACAGAGUUUGAAAAACCUCAUCGCCCCCCAGAGAGAUCAAAAGCCCACCAGGGGGCAGUACCUCCCCCCUUAAGAACCACUGAUGUAUAUAUUAUUAUAAUAUUUUUUACAAUUUUGAUGCCCUUAUUUCAUUGGAACAAUGUAAUUACAACAUAGAAAAAUUAUCAUAAUUGCACUACCCAUAAAAACCCUUAACUCUCUCUAAUGGGCGAAUUGAAUUCCUUCCGGCAAAUACAACACUGAAAUGUUCUUUUAAAUCUUAUCAAAAACAAAUUUUGUUAAAUUAUGUUUUUGAUAAGCCAAACUUUCUUCUCAGUCCCUUAAAAUUCUUUAAAUUGUGAGUUGACUGUAUUUAGUUUAGAUACUGACAAUAUAAAUAACCACCUUGAUUUCAUCUAUAAUUUGUUAAAAUUACACCCAACACAAAUAGACAAAUAAACAAAUGUAUGCAAUGGGAAUCCGUUAUACAUUAUGUAUGAUUUAUAUCCAACAGCUAAUUAAAUAAAAUUUUAUUUAUAUUCUUGAACAUUAUGCCUACAAUAUCAGCUUCCUAAUAAAACAUAGAAUUGUACAUUUUCAAGUAAUAAAUAAUAGAAAACUUUUAA